CCCCCGGGAGGGGGGAUGCGCCGCCCUGUAGCUGGGUCUGAAUAUGCUGGACCUCGAUGCAAGUGGCGCUUCCUCUCGUCCCCGGUGUGAGCAGCAGCAGCCUGCCCGCGGACCUGCCCUCCCACCCCCCGCUCCCGGCCCCGAGUGUCAUUCAGCUCCCGCUCCCCAGACCCAUCCCACAGGCUACUCGCAAUAGCCGCCUGCUGCGUGCGUGAGUGUGAGUGCGAGUGAGUGUGCGGGGAUGGGGCUGGCGCGUGUCUCUGUUUACCCGGGAGCUCUCGCCGGGCAGGAGCUGAAGCUGCUGGGUGUUGACUGAGGAUCCCUUCCCCCGCAGAACGUGGCUGGGUUUUUCCUUUGCCAAAGGGGAGCAGUUAUCACUAAUCUGCUCCAGAGGUGGAAGGACACCCUCCGCCCCACCAAAGAGCCGCCGCAAGGGCAAGCCGGCUCUUCGCUGAAGUGCUGGGGCCGCUGGAUUAAGUAACUCCCGGGGAGCCGCACUCACUCACUCACUCACGCACGCUCCCGCACGCAGAGCGAACAUGAAGGAAAAGCCAAUGAUAAAAACCGCUAAAAUGCAAGGAAACAUGAUGACUUUACUGACAAGAAAAAGUCUACACUACCCUUAAAGCUGCAGAGCCAAUAUAGCUAUGGACGAUGAUGCUGCAUUAUAUUAUAACGAGCUGGUGGGGAGUAAUCCUCCACAAAGAAACUGGAAAGGAAUUGCAAUUGCUUUACUUGUUAUUCUGGUUAUCUGCUCCCUGAUUGUCACCUCUGUUAUACUCCUGACACCAGUUGAAGAUAACAGCCUGUCUCAAAAGAAAAAGAUAACAGUGGAAGAUCUGUUCAGUGCUGAUUUCAAAAUUCAUGACCCAGAGGCUAAAUGGAUAAGUGAUAAAGAAUUCAUUUAUAGAAACCAGAAUGGCACUGUGAUCCUGCGGAAUGUUGAAACAAACAAUUCAAUGGUAUUAAUAGAAAACAAAAAAAUCGAGUCCUUAAAGGCCAUUCGCUAUGAAGUGUCACCUGAUCGGGAGUAUGCGCUUUACGCAUUUGACGUUGAACCAGUGUAUCAGCAUUCGUUUACGGCAUAUUAUGUCCUCAGCAAAAUACCUUUUGGGGACCCCCAGAGUUUGUAUCCACCUGAAGUUAGUAACGCAAAGCUUCAGUAUGCCGGAUGGGGGCCAAAGGGGCAACAACUGAUAUUUAUGUUUGAGAAUAACAUCUAUUACUGUGCUCAUGUGGGGAAACAAGCCAUCCGAGUGGUCUCCACUGGAAAGGAAGGUGUUAUUUUCAAUGGCCUCAGCGACUGGCUAUAUGAAGAGGAGAUCUUGAAGACUCAUAUAGCACAUUGGUGGUCUCCUGAUGGCACCAGGUUAGCAUAUGCAACAAUAAAUGACUCCAGAGUCUCUACUAUGGAAAUUCCAGUCUACACUGGCAGCCUUUACCCUACUGUUAAAACAUAUCAUUAUCCAAAGGCUGGAAUGGAAAAUCCAAGCAUUUCUUUACAUGUCAUUGGUUUGAAUGGCCCUACCCAUGAUCUGGAAAUGACUCCCCCUGAUGAUCAAAGAAUGAGGGACUACUACAUAACCAUGGUGAAAUGGGCAACUAGCACCAAAGUGGCAGUAAAUUGGCUGAACAGGGCACAGAACGUUUCUAUCCUGACGCUGUGUGAUGCUACCACUGGAGUCUGCACAAAGAAACAUGAAGAUGAAAGUGAAGCCUGGCUACACAGACAGAAUGAAGAGCCAAUCUUUUCCAAAGACGGACGGAAGUUUUUCUUCAUCCGAGCCAUUCCUCAGGGGGGGCGAGGAAAGUUCUACCAUAUUGCCAUGUCAUCGUCACAGCCCAAUAGCAGCAGUGAUAACUUACAGUCCAUUACAUCUGGUGAUUGGGAUGUGACAAAGAUUUUGGCAUAUGAUGAAAAGAGGCAUAAAAUUUACUUCCUCAGCACAGAAGAUUUACCAAGACGACGACACUUAUAUAGUGCAAACACAAAUGGAAACUUCAACAGGCAGUGUCUGUCCUGUGAUUUGAUUGAAAACUGUACUUAUUUCAGUGCGUCAUUCAGUCACAACAUGGAGUACUUCUUACUGACCUGUGAAGGUCCAAGAGUUCCAAUUGUGACUGUUCACAACACGACGGAUAAACAAAAAACCUUUGAGCUGGAGGUAAAUGAAAAUGUGCAGCUGGCUGUAAAUGACAGGCAAAUGCCUAAAGUGGAGUACAUGGAAAUCAAGAUAGAUGAUUACAAAUUGCCAAUGCAAAUCUUAAAGCCAGCAACCUUUGCGGACACCAUACACUAUCCUUUGCUACUGGUUGUUGACGGAACACCUGGUAGCCAGAGUGUAACAGAAAAGUUUGAAGUGAAUUGGGAAAGCGUGCUGGUCAGCUCCCACAAUGCAAUUGUGAUGAAGUUUGAUGGCCGGGGCAGUGGAUUCCAAGGCACUAAGUUGUUACAUGAAGUUAAAAGAAAAUUGGCCCUUUUGGAGGAGAAGGAUCAGUUGGAAGCUGUCCGGAUAAUGUUGAAAGAACAUUAUAUUGAUAAAAUGCGAGUUGCUGUAUUUGGGAAGGAUUACGGGGGCUAUCUGAGCGCUUUUAUUCUCCCAGCUGGUGAAGAGAAUCAAGUGUUCACGUGCGGAGCCGCUCUUUCUCCAUUGACAGACUUGAAAUUAUACGCUUCUGCCUUUUCUGAAAGGUAUUUGGGACUACAUGGCAUUGAUAACAGAGCAUAUGAGAUCACCAAAUUAGCACACAGAGUCUCAUUACUGAAAGAUCAAAAGUUUUUGAUUAUUCAUGCCACAGCUGAUGAAAAAAUCCAUUUCCAGCAUACUGCAGAUCUUAUUACACACCUAAUUAGGGCAAAGGCUAAUUACAGCUUGCAGAUAUACCCUGACGAAAGCCAUUACUUUAACAGUGCAGCACUUGAGCAACACUUGUACAAGUCCCUUGUCAAUUUCUUUGUGGACUGUUUCAAAGUUCAGGACAAACUCCCGAUAGUCACACUGAAAGAGGAGGAGGAGGAGGAGGAUUAACCCUUUUGGUUCGUGCAAAGCACAAGGCCGUUCUUUAUAACAAUAUGCAACUGAAUCAUUUUCCUGGAGAAAGAAAUGUUAUGUUGUUAGCAUGUGUUUAAACGAAACUGAAAGCAGCUCGCCUGCUUGACAGACAGCAACUCCUUCCUGAAUGGAAGAACAUUGCGCAUGAUGAACUCAGCAGAAACUGCUGUCUGACAUGAAUCCGUCACAGACAUCGCCGUCUUCUUUGCCACAAAAUGACUUCUGGAGUAAAAGGCUCUCAAGAAAUUGGACUUGAAGGACCACACCAAGAAACUACCUUGAGGACUAGAAGGUUAAAUGGCCCUUUUGCAUUCAAGAAAUGAAGCAGUAGCAAUGAAAUACAUCAUCUCUUUUAGGGUUACCAUAGUUAGCAUCCCGUUGUGUCAGAUAAAACUUAAUAAAUGGAAAAGAUUAUAGCACAAUUAUUUUAAAGGUACUGAUUCAUACAUAUUUGCCUGCUCUCCCCCAUGUUUAGAAGAUUCAUCACUGCUAUGGGGCAUACAGAUUCUAAUUAUACCAAGUAUCACUGUAAUUACACUAAUGUUUAAUUAGCCUCAUGUAAUUAAUUACUAUUUUAUAUUGUUUUUACCUGUUCCUCUUUACAUUUGAUCUCAUGCUCACCUUAUCAGCUUCACCACUUGUCAUGGAUGUGGAAGAAAACAUGCAUUGAACUAACUAGACCAGUGUUUUUCAAUUGCUGGGUCAUGACCCUAGAGGGGGACACAAAAGGCAAUCAGGAAAGGGGGGGCGCCAGGUGUUAAAUUUUUAUUAUAAUGUAAAGCAAAGAAAAUCUUGUUCCCUCCCUCCCGGCACGCGCUUAACCCUUCAAUUAUUCUCUGUUAGCCUCUCCAAGCACACACUUAAAUAAAUUAUUUUGGGGCAGUUCAAUGGCUUGUGUUAUACAGGAGGUCAGACUUGAUGAUCACAGUGGUCCCUUCUGCUCUUGGGAUCUAUGAAUUUAGGCUUAGCUUUGAUAUCAUUUUUACUCUUAAGUAAAUGUAAGGGGGUUGCAAACAUUUGUUACUUUGAAUAAGUGGUCAGAAAAGAUUGCGAACCGCUGAUCUACACUCUGGUAGAGGGAGUUUGUAUCAGAUACUUUGCUGGUCAUCUUGCGAAGCAUUAAAAAAGAAAUCAGUAUGGAUAGAUUUAUUUCACAUGCUGUCUGCAGCUUAGUUUUGAUUUUGGAUUCCAAGUCAAUGAUUAUCACAUUCCACUUUUAGUUAUGUCUUCUGCUUGCAGGAGGUUUGUAAAAUCAGAGCAUCUAAAAUCAUACUGGUCUGUGCAGGGGUGGAAAACAAUGUUUAAAAACCCAGGGGAAAAUCGUUCAAAUCUCAAAAAUCAUUCCUUCACCUCCAGUUACCAUAUCAUAAAGAUUUUGGCUAGUGUUGCUCCUUGUAAGAUAUUCUGACCAAAUGUACAGCCAGGAUUAAUAAUGUAUAUUUCAUUUUGUUGUAUAUAAAGGAAUGUAAGUCAGUUAUUUGUCAGGUCUCCAAUCCAAUAUUAGUCUUGUGUUGAGCAUGCACACUAUAACCUUCCUUUGCUGAUCAGGACUCUUUAGAAGUACUAGCUUGGAAAUAUAUCAAUUAAUGUAAUUUCUUUUCUUGUUUUGACAACUUGAAUGUCAGCACCGGUUUCUACAUUUUUACACAGUACUGUGGGUAAACUCACAUCCUGACAGCAAUGAUGAUGUAUCCAUUGUGCUCCUUAAUGUGUCAAGUUUUUUUUUAUUUUAAUCUCUAAGCUUUGACUGUUGGUUGUAGUUAGACCAUCCUGGACACUAUACUGGUAAAUCACAGAAGCAAUCUAGUUUGGUUUGGGGGGGUUUCUUUAAUUUACAGUGCAUUGAUAUUUUGCGAACAGGAACUACAGCAUAAAUCUGCUUUACUCGGCAGUAUGCCAAAUAGACAAUACGAAUGCUGGGUGUCCAGGUUUUACUACACGAAAUGGGCUCAAAAGUCUGAAAUGAACUGGGUCGGAAAAACAUCAAAUCUGCUCUGUCCGCAAUCUUUUGUAGGAGGACAUUUAGGAUGUGGCAUGGUAGUGUUCGUUCAUCCAUGAAAUAAAACAUUAUUUUACCACC